CCAGCGAGAAGAGGGGGCGAGGGGAGCCCCACGUCCUGGCCCCGCCCCGCCUCUUCCCCGGAGCCCAGGCGCGCGGAGCAGCCGGGUGCGGAACAACGACACGACAUCCUGUUUUUGGGGCCCGCGGCUCCGCCUGCGCCUCUGCUGAUCUUGUCUUUCCCCGGGUGCUGACGCCAGCUCCCCUUCCCCCCGUCUCCGCACCCUUCCCAGGGGUCUGGGGCCUUCCCACUGCUGAAUCACCGCCACCCCGCGCUCCCCCGGGGCUCGGGGCAGGGGUGGGGACUGUCCCAGCCGGACCCAUUCUGGCCAAAUCCCAGCCUGGGCCAUCGCUCGAUCCCGGGGCUUGACUGAAGGUCACUGCAUCCAGAGGGACCCAGAACGGGAAGGAGGCACAGCCUCCAGCUGCACCCACGAUGCAGAGCAUCAAGUGUGUGGUGGUGGGUGAUGGAGCCGUGGGCAAGACAUGCCUGCUCAUCUGCUACACAACCAACGCCUUCCCCAAGGAGUACAUCCCCACAGUGUUCGACAAUUACAGCGCCCAGAGUGCAGUGGACGGGCGCACGGUGAACCUGAACCUGUGGGACACAGCGGGCCAGGAGGAGUAUGACCGCCUCCGCACACUCUCCUACCCUCAGACCAACGUGUUUGUCAUCUGUUUCUCCAUUGCCAGCCCGCCCUCCUAUGAGAAUGUGCGGCACAAGUGGCAUCCAGAAGUGUGCCACCACUGCCCUGAUGUGCCCAUCCUCCUGGUGGGCACCAAGAAGGACCUGAGAGCCCAGCCUGACACCCUGCGGCGCCUGAAGGAGCAGGGCCAGGCGCCCAUCACGCCGCAGCAGGGCCAGGCGCUGGCCAAGCAGAUCCACGCUGUGCGCUACCUCGAGUGCUCGGCCCUGCAGCAGGACGGCGUCAAGGAAGUGUUUGCCGAGGCUGUCCGGGCUGUGCUCAACCCCACGCCUGUCAAGCGUGGGCGGUCCUGUGUCCUCUUGUGACCCUGGCACUCAGCUUGGAGGCUGCCCCUGCCCCCCCCAACCAGUUGUGCCUUUGUGCCUUGGCGCCUUGUCUGCCCCCAGCUGUGCCUUAAGGACUAAUUCUGGCACCCCUUGCCAAGGGGGCUCCCCGAAUGCCUUUUUCUCCUGAAGGAGGCCCACAGGGAGAGGGUCUUUGGGCCCUGCCCCACUCUGCUUGGGAACACCAGGUAUUCUUGAGAGCUCACCCAGGCCGAGGACGGGCCCCUCCUCAAGAAGCCAACCAGGUGCCCCCUCCCCAUUUCCCCCUACUGACCAGAUGUUGCUGCCUAUUGUGGUGCCUUCUCUCAGGUUAGGAGUGCUCUGCCAUCCCUAACCUCUCCCUCGCUGCUCUUCGAUUGCUCCACCCUCAUGAUGCGCUCUCCCUGCCCCAGAGAAGGAGCCACAGAAUCCUAAGAAGAUGAAUGUGCCCUAACCUACCCUCAUGUGCCUAAGCCUUAGCAUCCGCUGACUGACUCAGCCCCACCCCCACCCCCUCCGGGCUCCUGGGGGCCCCUCCUACCCCCAUCAGCAUCAAUAAAACCUCCUGUCUCCAA